CUUUUCCUGUAGUGUGUAGGGGUGGAGACCUGCGUCUGCUCGGACACUUCUGCUGUUGAGGAGCAGCUUAUGUCACAACUGGACUGUUAAAGUGUCAACCAGGUGUAAUUAUGCAGGACUACACAAACGCAGUGAAGGAGUUUGUAGAGGAUCACUAUACAGGUGUCACGUUUGUCCUAAUUACAGGUGUCGGUCUCUUUGGAUUGAGGAGAUGGCUGGCCGGUGGAGUCUGCAGGAGCAAAGCCCGUCUGGACGGAAAAACUGUUCUCAUAACCGGAGGCAACACUGGGAUCGGCAAAGAGACAGCGGUGGACAUGGCCAAGAGAGGUGCAAGGGUGAUUCUGGCCUGCAGAGACAUGAGCAGAGCUCACAAAGCUGCAGAGGAGGUCAGGAAGAGGAGCGGAAAUGAAAAUGUGACUGUGAAAAUGCUGGAUCUGGCCUCUUUGCAGUCUGUUCGAGAUCUGGUCAAAGAUGUACAGCAGUCUGAACAAAGACUGGAUAUCCUCAUUAAUAAUGCUGGGGUAAUGAUGUGCCCGAAGUGGCGUACAGAGGAAGGUUUUGAGAUGCAGAUUGGAGUGAACCACAUGGGCCACUUCCUGCUUACAAACUUGCUUUUGGACCUGUUGAAGGAGUCAGCACCCAGUCGCAUUGUCAAUGUGGCUAGCGUGGCCCAUGAGAGAGGCAAGAUUAAUUUUAAUGAUAUAAACAUGGAUAAAGACUAUGAUCCGUACAAGAGCUAUUAUCGGAGUAAACUGGCUAAUGUUCUGUUUACCCGUGAACUUGCUGUCAAGCUAAGAGGCACAGGAGUGACCACUUACGCUCUUCAUCCUGGCGUAAUCCGUACUGAGCUCGGACGACACGUUUUCUCCAAUCUGUGGAGGAAGCUCAUAAUCCUGCCCUUUUUUUUCUUCUUCAAAAACCCAUGGCAAGGAGCUCAGACCACUAUCUACUGCGCAGUGGACGAGAGUCUGAAGAACAGCAGUGGGCUUUACUACAGUGAUUGUGCACCUAAAGAGACUGCUCCUCAGGGCAGGGAUGAUGUUGCAGCCCGCAGACUGUGGGAUCUCAGUGCUUCCAUGGUGGGCCUGGCUUAAGACAGCACCAAAUCACUCUCAUUUAAAAAAAAAAAGAAAAGUGUCACCUUUUAUUGGCUAGAUUUCACAUUUCAAGUUUUCACCCUAUCACUUAUUCUUACUUUACAUAAAGUACAAAGAGCAGGAUUGAAUGUUUCAGCAUGCAGGAUGACGUAUUAGAGAAUUAACCAAAUGCCUAUGCAAUAAAAUUGCAACACGACGUGUGAAUGUAUACGUUAAAUAAUUAGUGAGAUUUUACAUAAUGCAAUAUAUGUAAAAUACUGAGUCAAUGCGUAGCUUUACAAAUUAGACAUUUGAUCUAUCUUUUAAAUAAAAGUAAUUUGUGUAAUUUGAUACAAUGUAUCAAAAUAUGAAUUUUAGUGUAAUAUCAAUUAUUACAAAGUCUAUUUUUAAAUGCUCAAAUUAAUUUAAUUGUUAUUCUGUAUAAAAUACGCCCCAGUAAGUUUUUACGAAAUGCUGUAGCAUGACUUCUGGAAUAAAAUUUUUAUUUUUAAUGCCAAUUGUCUUCGCUUCAAAAGGGUUUAUAUGAAAUUCAGUUGCUUACAAAAAGUUUUUAUUGUGUGUCAUUAAAAGAUAAUCAAGUCUGAAUUAAGUAGCACAGACAUACUAAAAAAUCUAAAAAUUAAGAAAAACUUUUAAAUAUGUUAAUCAAUGUUUUUGAUUGGCAGUGAUGGUUCUAUGAAGAACCUAUCCAUUCCACCAAAAGGAACUUCAUUUUUUUUUUUUAUAUUAUUCGCAGUACAAACAUGUUUUUUUUUGUUAUUAACUGUUCUUUCAGGAACAAAGAAAGUGUUUUAAUACCGUUAUUCACUGCAUAAUACCACUUUUUGUAACCUUUUUAAGAGUAUAGAGAUGAAUGUAUUUGAGAAAUGUGCUAUGUUCAGUAAAGCCAAAUGAAACAGGA